CCUCGGGAUAAAGUGCUAUGUUCAGUACAAUCAGAUUUGUCCGGUGGUCACAGCUGAUCGGAGACUACACAACCUGACAAACAAGAUGAUAGGUUUAGAUUUUCAAGUCUUACUUUAUCUUUUCGGUGGUGUUGCUGCCGUGGCGACGCUAGCGGUUGUGGGUCUGAUAAUCGUGCGACUGUCCUCCUCCCCUCCUGACCUGUCCAGACAUGAGACAGAGAAGUUUUUCUGUGAUCCGUCCAAACCUGGGUCCAAACUUCCCUUCCCAAGCAUCCACGACAAACCAACACUGGACCUGUCUGUCAUAGUGCCUUCUUAUAAUGAAGAGGAAAGAUUACCAGGAAUGCUGAAGGAAACAACUGAAUUCCUAGAAGACAGGCAGAAAAAGCAGCCAAAUUUUACCUAUGAAGUUAUAGUUGUUGAUGAUGGGAGUAAAGACAAAACCACUCAGGCUGGCCUGGAGUACAGCAAAAAGCUGGGCGUGGAGAAAGUUCGAGUUCUGACAUUCCACCACAACAGAGGCAAGGGUGGGGCCAUCAGACUAGGCCUGUUCAGUGCUCGAGGUAAACAGCUCCUGUUUGCUGAUGCAGACGCUGCCACAAAGUUUGCAGACCUUGAGAAGCUGGAAAAGAUCUUCAAAGAAAUCAACAAAGAAUCUCAUGGAAUGGCAAUAGUGUGUGGCUCCAGGGCUCACCUCCAAGAGGAAGCUGUGGCCAAUCGCUCCUUAUUCCGUACGUUCCUGAUGCAUGGGUUCCACUUCCUGGUGUGGUUCCUGUGUGUGCGUGGUAUCAGGGACACUCAGUGUGGAUUCAAACUUCUCUCCAGAGAAGCUGCAAUACGAGUCUUCUCCAACCUCCAUGUGGAAAGAUGGGCCUUUGAUGUGGAGAUGCUCUACAUCGCCCAGUGCCUCCGUGUUCCUAUAGGAGAGGUGGCCGUCAACUGGACAGAGAUAGAUGGUUCUAAGAUGGUGCCGGUGUUCAGCUGGCUACAGAUGGGGAGGGACAUCCUGCUCAUCCGUCUGCGCUACAUGCUUGGAGGCUGGAGAAUCAACUACAAGAGCAAGGCACAGUAGAGACAGCCGCAAGCUGUGCUGGGCACCAGUGAAGGAUGAUUCUUAAAGCACGUCGGCAGAACGUACUGCACCUGCAUGAAAACCGUAUUUUUCACUGUCUUGGUCAGAUUUUUGGUUAACGUUGCAUCAGAAUCUUGCCUGUUUGCAGAAGACAUCUUUUCUGAAGUAACAUUUGGAAAAUACAGACAGGAUGUUAACCGUAUAUACACGAAUACAACCUUAUAUGAGACGUUCUGCCGAAGUGCUAUGCACAAUA